UGAUAAAACGGUUGUUUCAUCAAAUACUCUCUGCAGUAGCUCAUUAUCAUACAUGUGAGAUUGUCAUCGGAGAUAUAAAACCAAAAUACUUGCAAAUGACGUCAAAUAUGGAGAUCAAGCUAGCUGACUUCGGUUUCGCCGGUUCAUUUGAAGAUCCUUGGACAACUUAUCCUAUAAAAACUUCAGAGUACAGUGCUCCUGAACUUCUUUUUGGAUCACGUCGAUAUUCAAAGGAAGCUGAUAUGUGGUCUGUCGGUUGUGUAUUUGGAGAGAUGGUCACUGGGAAACCUGUAUUCCAGGGCAAAUCUCAAGAGGACCAAUUGAAGUCAACUUUUCGUUUGUUAGGUACCCCAACUGAGGAAUCCUGGCCUCGAUUGACUGAGAUAUGUAGUCGUAGGACGCUUUCAUGCUUUCCCAAAUGUGAACCAAUG